AUGGCUGCCUUAUCAAAUGGCCCUUUAUGCCCCUUUAAACACAAACCAACUCCUAUCAUUGGUAACAAAAGAUCUUCAAGAAUGUUGAAAGCAAUUUCAGGCCAAAUUCGCGAUCCUAACAACCGGUUUAAUGCAAAAACAAAUAGGAAGAUCAAGGAAGAGAAGAGAUUAAUAAUGCAGAAGCUUUUGGGUGGUAUGGAUGAAAUUGGCAAGGGAAUAAAGGAUAAUUUGAGUCCAAAAGGCAAGGGAGAUUGGAAGGACAUAACACUAAUGAGCUUAUCAUUUGCUGUGUAUGUUUACAUGUCACAGAAGAUUGUCUGUGCUUAUUGUGCAUUGAUGUCCAUGCUUGGUCAACCAUGA